CCGGGACGCAGGUAGCUCUGCAGGAGUGAGGCUGGCUUGGAGCUGGGUGGGGAGCCCCCUCGGCUGCUGCGGCGUGAGCAAAAGAAAUAACUAAAAAUGACAAGUAGAAGACUUGAGGAGUCCAUGGGAGCUGUUCAGAUGGGGUUAGUUGGAAUGUUUAAAGGAUUCCAAAGCAAGGUUUUGCCACCCCUGAAUCCAAAAGUGGUUACAGAAGAAGAAGUAAAUCAAAUGCUGACACCCUCGGAGUUCCUGAAAGAGAUGUCCCUCACCACAGAGCAGAGACUGGCCAAUACACGUUUGAUGUGCCGACCACAGAUUAUUGAACUUUUAGAUAUGGGGAAAACAACACAUCAAAAGUUUUCAGGAAUUGACCUGGAUCAGGCAUUAUUCCAGCCCUUCCCAUCAGAAAUUGUAUUUCAGAACUACACUCCCUGUGAAGUCUAUGAAGUUCCACUGAUUUUGAGGAACAAUGACAAAAUUCCAAGGAUGGUGAAAGUUGUCGAGGAAAGUUCACCUUACUUUAAAGUAAUCAGCCCCAAAGAUAUCGGCCACAAAAUAGCUCCGGGAGUGCCAGCUGUAUUCCGAGUCCUGUUCACUCCAGAGGAGAACAAGGAUUACGCCCAUAUGUUGACCUGCGUAACUGAGAGAGAAAAGUUCAUUGUCCCUAUCAGAGCCAGAGGUGCACGAGCCAUCCUAGAUUUUCCCGACAAGCUGAAUUUUUCUACCUGUCCUGUCAAAUACAGCACUCAGAAGAUUCUGCUGGUGCGCAACAUUGGCAACAAAGACGCUGUGUUUCGCAGCCAAACUGAUAGGCCUUUCUCUGUAGAGCCACCUGUUGGAACUCUCAGUGUGGGAGAGUCCAUGCAACUGGAAGUGGAGUUUGAACCACAGACUGUGGGCAACCACAGCAAAAGACUUAUUGUGUACUAUGACACAGUUGAGGAGAAAAUGGCAGAAACAGGCUGCAAAGAUGAACAGGAAUUUGCCAAGAACUACUCAGAAGGUGAUGUCUGGCCCAACUCAUCGGCUAAAAUAACUGUGUACUUUAACCCCCUGGAAGCCAAGCUCUACCAACAGACAGUUUACUGUGACAUUUCAGGCCGAGAGCUCCGUCUGCCCCUCCGAAUCAAAGGGGAAGGAAUGGGACCAAAGAUUCACUUCAAUUUUGAAUCGCUGGAUAUUGGAAAAAUUUUCAUUGGUUCUGUACAUUGUUACGAGGCAAUACUGUCCAACCAAGGCAGCAUUGAUGCCCUCUUCAACGUGAACCCUCCAACUUCGGCUUCGGGGGCCUGCUUCAUCUUCAAUCCCAAGGAAGGAAUCAUUGAACCAGGUGGAGUCCAGGCUGUCCAGAUCUCCUUCAGUUCUGCCAUCCUGGGGCACUUCGAACAAGAGUUCCUCGUCAGUGUCAAUGGGUCACCUGAGCCUGUGAAGUUGACCGUCAGAGGCUGUGUCAUUGGACCUACUUUCCAUUUUAAUGUUCCUGCUCUACACUUUGGUGAUAUUUCCUUUGGGUUUCCUCAUACCUUGAUAUGUUCCCUCAAUAAUACUUCCUUGGUCCCCAUGACCUUCAAACUACGUAUCCCUGGGGAUGGCGUUGGUCAUAAAAGCAUUUCAAGUUGUGAGCAGUAUUCAGACAACAGAAGACCAAUUUGGAACAAGGAUGAAAUACCCGUAAUAAAACCACAAGAAUUCACCAUCACCCCUGACCGCGGCACCAUUCGCCCCCAAGGAUUUGCUCCUAUCAGGGUAACGUUAUGCUCCAACACUGUGCAGAAAUAUGAGCUGGCCCUGGUGGUAGAUGUGGAGGGCAUCGGGGAGGAAGUGCUGGCGCUCUUAAUCACAGCAAGGUGUAUUGUACCUGUCCUCCAGCUGGGUAAUGCAGAGGUGGACUUCGGGCACUGCUUCCUGAAGUACCCAUAUGAGAAAACGGUCCAGCUUGUCAAUCAUGAUGACCUCCCAGGAUUCUACGAGGUCCUGCCUCAGGUCCAUGAAGACACACCCGCCGUGUUGCUGUCCUGUCCCACCCCCUGUGGGAUCAUCCCUCCCCACAGCACCAUUUACAUACCGUUAGCUUUGGAGACCCAAGUCAUUGGGAAACACAGAGCCACAAUUUACAUCUCAGCCUUUGGGAGCCCGGACCCCCCAAUGGUAUGUCUCCUAAAGAGCAUCGGAGAAGGCCCGGUUAUCUACAUACAUCCCACUCAAGUUGAUUUUGGCAAUAUCUAUGUCCUAAAGGACUCCUCCAGGAUUCUCAACCUGUCAAACCAGUCCUUCAUCCCCGCUUUAUUCCAGGCACGCAUGGCACACAAAAAGUCCCUUUGGACAAUUGAACCCAGUGAAGGCAUGGUUGCCCCGGAUACUGAUGUUCAACUGACACUGACCGCCAACCUGAAUGACAUACUGACAUUCAAAGACACAGUCAUUUUGGACAUUGAAAAUAGUAACACCUACCGGAUUCCUGUCCAGGCUUCAGGAAUUGGUUCCACCAUUGUUUCAGAUAAGCCCUUUGCUCCAGAACUCAAUUUGGGGGCACAUUUUAGCCUGGACACCUAUUAUUACCCCUUCAAGUUGACCAACAAGGGACGUCGAGUCCAACAGUUGUUCUGGAUGAAUGAAAAUUUUCAUCCCGAGGACAAGCUGAGCAAGAAAGGACUGGCUAAGAACAGACCUGCUAAGAACCAGCCCCAGCCCCAGGGCUCCCAGGGCUCCCAGGGCCCGGUGUUCCAGCUCCACCCCUUCAAGAUGGAAAUUCACCCGGGCCAGACCAUCGCUGUAAUACUCGAAGGCUAUUCUGCUACUCCCAGGAUAGUCAAAGAAAGGCUGGUGUGCCACGCCAUCAUCGGGGCACAAAAGAGAAAAAGCCUGGUGCUAACUGUGAAUAUCAUCUGUGAGUUUAUAGCACCACUAAUCCAGCUCUCCACCAAGCAGCUUGUAUACCGACUGGAGAAGAAACCUAAUUCUAUCCUAGAACCGGAUUACCAGCCUUUGGUCGUGAAGAACAUUUCCACCCUGCCCGUGAGCAUGUUGCUCUCAGCAAGCGGACCCUUCUUUGUCUGUGAGACUGAUAAAUCUCUGCUGCCAUUAACUCCUGAGCCCAUUAAACUGGAGAUUGGGGGAGAAAAAAACCUGCUGGUCAAAUUUGACCCUUACUACAGAAAUGAUUUGAACAACUGGACAGCAGAAGAAAUUCUAGCCAUCAAGUAUGUGGAGCACCCUCAGGUAGACAGCCUGGCCCUGCGUGGAGAAGUGCACUACCCCAACCUCGGCUUUGAGACUAUGGAGCUGGAUUUUGGCUGCAUCCUGAAUGAUACCGAGGUGAUCCGGUACAUUACAGUCACCAACUACAGCCCCUUGAUUGUGAAGUUCCGCUGGUUCUUCCUGGUAGAUGAUGAGGAAAAUCAGAUCAGGUUUGUGCCAUGGCUGAGGAAGCCCUACAGUGCCCCUCAGUCCCAGGUGGAGUCCAUCCCUGUGACCUCAGCAUCGGCCAGCUCACCAGCAGUCCCAGUAAUAGAAUCUCCCAAGAUUGAACUAAAUGAUUGUGUUAAGACGAUCCUUGGGGAUGAAGGCGUUGGGUCAGAAGAAAGAGAACACAGAAGAGCACAGGUGCCCACUGUGGACAUCUCAGAAGGAUUAAAAAUUAACUCUGCUGAAACAGAAAGAAUAACUGCAAACCAGAGCCAGGUGGAGUUUCAGGAAUGCCCAUGGGUCUUUGAACAGGAAGAACUGCUUUCCAUUGGGAUAGAAGAGGUAUUUGAUAUUUUGCCCCUCUUUGGAGUGCUGCAGCCACACAGUAGCCGCCAGGUAUCUUUCACCUUCUACGGACACUGUGACAUCAUUGCACAGGCUAAAGCUCUGUGCGAAGUGGAAGGGGGUCCCACCUAUGAGAUAAUACUCAGAGGAGAGGCAUCCCUGAUCAACUACUCCUUUGACACCAAGGAUAUCAACUGUGGAUUACAGCUGUUUGACCACAUCACGGAGAAUGAAAUCACGCUGAAGAACACAGGGAAAGUUGGCUUUGAGUUCAAGGUUCUGACUGACCACCAGUCUUCAACAGACAGCCUUCUGCCCGGAGUGCCACUAAUCCUGCCUCUCUCUGGUUUUAUCAGUUCACAUGAAGAGCAGGUAUUGAAGGUUUACUACUUACCUGGAGUACCUGAGGUCUUUCAAAGGAGUUUCCAGAUACAGAUCGCCCACCUGGACCCAGAAAAUAUCACUCUGAAUGGAGAGGGAAUCUUUCCCCGAAUCUGCCUCGAUCUUCCCAGGAACCUCAAAGGAAAUGAAAAGUAUGAAACUUUCUUGAAUCAGGCCAGAGAAAACCUAGAAAAGGAGUACAACAAAUACGAAACAUUUGUUCACUCAGAUGUGACCGAGGAAGUGCCUGAGGAUGAAUCUCCUGAGUUAAGUGCUCAGCUCCAGAUGGAAGUAGAGCGACUUAUAGUCCAAGGCUAUGCCAUAGAACAUCAGAAAACAGUUAUCCCUGAUCCCACGGAAGACUUCUGCCAUCGUAGUCACUGCAGACUGGCCAAAGUCCAGCUGCCAGAGUAUAUCCUGGACUUUGGCUACAUCGUCUUUGGUGACGUCCGAACCCACAUCAUCAAGAUCACCAACACCAGUCACUUCCCAGUGUCCUUCUACGCAGAAAAGCGCAUCCUUCAUGACACGGGCUUCAGUACUGAGCUAGAUCGUGUAAAGAAUCUGCCUUACUGUGAAACAGAAACAUUUGAAGUGAGAUUUGACCCACAAGGGGCCAACCUUUCUGUUGGGAACAAAGAGCUCCUCCUGCCCAUUAAGGUGGUUGGAGGGCCAACAGUUCAUAUCCAUCUCCAAGCCAAGGUGACCAUUCCCACCAUGACACUGUCUUCUGAGCAAGUGGAGUUUGCCCCAAUUCAGUGUGGACAGUGCCUCGUGGAAACUAUUCAGCUUUCCAAUCAUCUCCAAGUCCCUUGUGAAUGGUUUGUCCACAGCUAUAAGCCAGUUAACAAGCUGGAGAAACACAUGCCAAAGUACUUAAGACGGAAACUACAUACUGAAUUAAAUCCAAAGACACGGAUCUUUGAGAUCCAGCCCACUUCCGGGGUCUUGGAUCCUGGUGAGAGAUCCAAUGUACAGGUGAAAUUCAUGCCCAAAGAAGAGAAACUUUACAAACAAACCCUAGUGUUCCAGAUUUCCCAGAGUUCUCAGAAGCUUAUCCUGCUGGCCCAGGGGCAAGGCCUAGAGCCACACUUGGAAUUUAGUCCUUCGGUUCUGGAGCUGGGGCCACUGCUGCCUUACGCACCUGGAGAUGAGGCGGAGGUGGUGGUAAAGAAUCCCUGCGACUUUCCCAUCGAGAUUUACUCCUUGGAAUUUGAUCAGCAAUAUCUCAUAGAAGAGAAGAUCUUGCGAAUGCUGAAGGGCUAUGAUUCCUACAACACCCUGCUGCUGCCUCCCCGCCUUGCAGGGGAGAAACUGCCCCCAGAGGUGUACGAGUACUUUAAGGAGAUGCAGCGGUCCAAAGAGGAGCAGAUGAAGGUGAAACACCUGGAGAACCUGGCUCAGGAGAAUGAUGAGGAAGAUAUGCCCUUGUCAGAACAGGGAACCUCCACCAGCACUAAGAGGACCUCGCUCAGCCGAGGCAUCUCUGUUACAUCCAACCUGGAGGAGCGGCAUGUCCCUGUGGUUGAGACCAAGACCCACCCAGAUGAAGAGGAGAGCCUGGAAAAAACAGUGUCUCAAGCUGACAAGACGCAGAGCAUAGACAACCACUCCACGGAGGAAGUUGGAGAAGUAGAUGACAACCCGGUGAGCAGGGCGAUCGCCCGCCACCUGGGCAUCGAUAUCUCCGCCGAAGGCCGCCUGGCCAAGAACCGGAGAGGCAUCGCCAUUAUUGUCCAUGGGACACCUUUGUCAGGAAAGUCAGCCACUGCAGUCAGCCUGGCCAAGUACUACAGUGCAGCCUGCUUGAGCAUCGACUCCAUAGUGCUGGAAGCCAUCCUGGACAGCAGUAACGCCCCAGGGCUCCGGGCCCGCGAGCUCUGCAUCAGGGCUGCCAUAGAGCAGUCCACGAAGGAAGGGGAGGAGUCUGUCCAGGAGGCUGCUUCGGGCCAAAGUGCCGUAGGACAACUACGACUGAGCAGUGAGACCCUGAGCAAGUUAACCUUGGAAAGUAAUCUGGCUACCCCUGAAGCGAAACCUGCAAAGGCUUUGCGUGGAAGCAUGCUGCUCCCCAAAAGCAAGGCAGAGAGCCACGCCUCUGGGUCUCAGAAGCAGCAUCACCAGCACUCCUCUGAAACACCUCAGGUUUCCUCCAGCCCUCUCCCCUUGGGGCCUGAGCAGCGCAGGCUCAGUGUCGGCACCAGUAUUGGAGGUGAGACCGGGCUCAUGAGCUGUGUGCUCCCUGAGGAAUUACUGGUUCAGAUCCUGGCCGAGCGCAUACAGCUGAGUGACUGCUACCGCGGGGUGGUGUUCGAUAGCCUGGAGACGCUCUUUGCUCGGACUGUUCCUGCCGCUCUGCUCUGCCUGCUGAAGGCCAUCGGCAACCGCGAGCACAUCUACGUUCUCAACAUGGCCCAGGAUUACACAGCCAUGAAGGCCCAGGAGAAGGCCAAACAGGAGCAAGAAGAGUGCAAACGCAGGGAAGCACUUAAGAAAGAGGAGGAACGUCUCCAAUACAUGGAUGAGGAAGAAUAUGAUGCCUUGGCAGAGGAGGAGAAAAUCACAUUCGAUCGGGAGGUUCAGCAGGCCCUCUGGGAGAGGCAGAAGAGGAAGCUGAAGAGACUAGCAAAGGAGACGCAUGAAAAGAAGCUACAGCAGCAGCUUGAGCGGCAAAAGGAAGAAGAUGAGCUGAAACGGAAGGUCAGAAAGCUAAAGCAAGUACCAGUCAAGGAGGAGCUCCCCCCGAAGAAAUCUCAAACACCAAGCGGGCAGAUUCUUACUUUUCCCAAACUAGACAUCAAGAUGGACACAGCAGAAAAGAAAGUAUCUGUUAGGGAGCAGGUGGCAUCCGAGAAGGACGAACUAAGCAAGAAGAGAAAGCACCAGCUGGCAGAUACAAACAUGCUUGGGUUUCCUCUUGUCCAGGAACGAGAGGACAGUGAAGGGGACCUUCCAAAGGACACUGACAAGCCUAUGGCCCAGAAGUUUAAGACCUAUGAGUUGACUCUGAAGGAUAUCCAGAACACCCUCAUGUACUGGGACCGGAAGCAAGGGCUCCAGCUGCCUCACGGCGGGGCGGAUGACACGCCACGCGAGCCCGAAGACCAGCGCCAGGUGCCCUCGGGCGGGCGCAGGGGCCGCAAGGAGCGGGAGCGUGCGGAAAAGGAGCGCCUGGAGCGGGAGCGUGCCAAGAGGGAGCGUCUGGAGAAGCUCCGGGCGCUGGAGGACCGGAGUGAUGGAGGAGAGGGCGACACAGAGGAGGAGCACGAAGGGAAGAAGGAUCUGGGUGUGCCACUCAUAAACAUCCAGACGCCCGACUUCGAAGGCCUGAGCUGGAAGCAAGCCCUGGAGAAUGACAGGCUUCCCCAGGAGGAUCAGAUCCUGGACAUCUUGGGUCUGGGUGCCUCUGGCCCACCCAUCCCGCCUCCCGCCUUAUUUUCAAUCAUCUCCUACCCUGCGAAGCGACUGCCUUCGGCCACGACAGAAAUCCUGAAGCACUUUGUGUUUGUGGUCCCACCAUCUGAGGAGCGCCCCCUGCUGGAGGAGAAAAGAGAAGCACAAGCAGAAGCAGAGAUUUCAGCCCCUGCAGCCGCUGUGAAGGCCCAGGAAGAGCAGCCUCUCUCCUCUAAGGUGAGCAAACAGAAAGGGAGAGAAAAAACGGAUCAGGCCCGAGAGAGUCAGAAGGACAAACGUCGCACGGCCUUCAACAGGAAGGGCCUUCCUGGGCCAGCCCCUGGAACCAUUGCUCUCCUCUCAGACUUGGACCUGAACAACUUCUCUGCGCAGAGCUCCCAGGAGAAGUUCACCAGGCUGAAGCACUUCCGGUGGAUCGUGCCGGCCCACGGUGAGGUGACGCUGAGGGUGCACUUCUCUUCUGAUGACCUCGGGAACUUUGACCAAACGUUCAACUUCGAGAUCCUCGGGACUCGCCGCCAGUACCAGCUUUAUUGCCGAGGCACCUGCACUUACCCAUACAUUUGCCGAGACCCAAAAGUGGUAUUCCCUCAGUGGAAGAUGGACAUGAAGGAAAAUGAGGUUAUCUUUAAGAAGUAUGUUAUAAGCUUGGAGACGUUUCACUUUGGGCCACUGCUUUGUGGAAAGUCAAGAGAUAAGUACAAGUCAUCCUUGUUCCCAGGCAACAUGGAGACGCUGACAAUCCUGAACAAUUCCCCUAUGGUCGCAGAGAUGUUUUUCUGUUUUCAAAAUGAUGUCAAAGCAAGCACCUACUUCCUGGAGCCCAUCAAUAUGCUUCUGAAACCCAAUGAGAAGCAGCUGUUGAACAUAUGGGCCUACCCUACCGCAGUUGGUGUCUUUGAAGACAGCAUUGUCUGCUGCAUCAAGGAGAACCCAGAGCCAACCAUCUUCAAAUUAAGCUGCCAGGGGAUCCGCCCAGAACUGGAGCUGGACCCCAGGCAACUGCAUUUUGACCGACUCUUGCUGCACAGAAAAGAAUCCAAGAUAGUUUCUCUCCGUAAUGUCACACCCCUGCCCGUGGCCUGGAGGAUUACCAGCCUAGAGCACUUGGGUGACGACUUCACCAUGUCCAUGAUGCAGGGGAUCAUCCCCCCCAAGGCUGAGCAUGGCCUGCAAGUGCACUUCCAGCCCUCCAAACCCGUCAACAUCAAGAAAGCAAUCCGGUUGGAGGUUUCGGAUGCAGACAAUCUUGUUGGUAUUGUUCAGAUCGAAAACAUCAUGGUCUUUGCAGAGUCCUACGACGUUGCCUUGGACAUCACCUUCCCCAAAGGAGCUGAAGGAGGCCUCGAUUUUGGGAUCGUGAGGGUCAUGGAGGAGGUAAAGCAGCCCCUGCAACUGAAGAACCGUGGGAAAUACGAGAUCAUGUACAGCUUUUCCGUGGACUCCUUAGGAAUUUUGGCUACCAAUGUAAAUUCUAUGAUCUCAGUCCAGCCUAAGAAGGGCUCACUGACCACAACGGAAAAAUCCACAAAUGUCCAGGUAUUCUUUCAUGCAAAAAAGGAAGUGAAGAUCGAACACAAGCCAAUUCUACGCUGUCAGAUUAUUGAGCCCAAUACCACGGAAGGAGGUGAAAUCAUUGCCAGCAUCCCAAUUAAGUUUUCUGUGAAUGCAGUAUACUCCAAAUACAACAUCAGCCCCUCCUCCAUCAUCAACUUUGGGGCUUUGAUCUGUGGCACUCGUAAAAGCACCACCUUCACCAUAGAAAAUCAAGGUGUUACUGACUUCAAGUAUGCCCUUUAUAGGAUGACAGGGGAGAGCCCCAUUCAGCAAAAGAAAAUAGGCAGCCACAUCGAACAGGCAAGGUCCCAGGAAAGCGAGAGCUUCUUCAAGACUGGCCCUUCCAAAGGAGCUAAGCUUUCUGAUUCUGUGCAGAAAGAAGUAAACAUCCCAAGCCAGGCUCGCUUCGCCCACGGCAUGUUCACCGUGUACCCCGUCUCUGGCGCCAUCCCUUCCGGAGGAGCGCAGGUCAUCACCGUGGACUGUGUGGCUGACCCCGUGGGCAGGUGUGAGGAGUUCAUAGCUAUCCAUAUCUCCGACCGCGACCCAAGAGACCAGCCUGGUGGCAUUCCUUACAGCCUGCUGGCUGAAGCCUGUCUGCCAGCCUUCGUGACUGACAACACUGCCUUAAUAUUUGAGGAGCACCAGAUCUGCAGCAGCCCCAACCUUCUCAGCUUCCUGCAGACCAUCGAGAGCGGGGGGCUGUUCGUGGAGGAUGAGAACAAGUUCGUCUUCUGCAAUGUCCUGGUGGGCCAUCAGGCCAAGGCUCGAUUCAAGAUCGUCAACACGGGAAAGAUCGCCUGUGAUGUGAACAUCACAGUUAAACCUGCCUCCAGCAAGGCCGUUGCUCGCAUCAUUGACAUCUUUGAAGUGGAACCCAACAAGAUGUGUGUUGCCGGCCGCUCACACGCCUUUGCCACAGUGUCCUUCACCCCACAGACCAUGCAGACCUACCAGUGCGUCUUCGAGGCCACUGUGGAUGGCUUGCCCAGUAACCUGACCAAGAACCGAAGCCUUGUGUUUGACAUUGUUGGAGAAGGGAACCUCCCUCGGGUGACUGUUGUGCGGCCAAUUCUCCACAACCAAAAUGGGAACCCUUUGCUCCUCUUUAAGAGGCUUCUGCUUGGGCAAUCAGAGAAGCUGCCUCUCAUCCUCAAGAACAAUGGCACCAUCCCCAGCCAGCUGCAUGUUGACCUACAGGACCAACUAGGAGUCUUCUCUCUGAAAGGGAAGCUCAAUACCUCCUACAUCUACAUCACAGAGGGAAAAAAAACAUAUGCAAAAGCACAGAAAGCCCACACAGCCUGCCUGGUUGUUCCUCCUGGAGACACAGCUGGAUUUGAUGUCGUUUUCCACUCUCAGGAGGUUGGGAGAAUGACAGGCACCAUCCACUUGUCUGUGAUCAACAACCAGUAUGAGGAGACAACCAUCCACAUGGUGGGAGAGGGCUAUGAGGAUGACAUCACGUUGGACAACAUCCAUGGGCUGGUGACUUCCACCAGCCAGGAGGCCUCAGACAUCUCUGAGGUCAUGGGGGAAAACACUGUGGAAGACUUGGUGGCAGCUGCCCUGGUGGACCACAUCCAGUUUGGGGACUGCCACAUUGGCAACAGCUAUGAUGUGAGCUUCACAGUCACUAACCACGGCAAAGUGAAUGUGAUACGGUUUGAAUGGCCCCUUUUAGCUGCAGUUUCCUUUUCCCCACGGAUUGGCCACCUCCACCCUGGGUGUGCCAAGGACAUAAUGGUGACCAUGAAGUCAGAUGUGCCUAUCAACCUGAAGAAGAUGGGGGUCAAGUGCAAGCUCUCCAAGAUCAUGUUUCAGCAACCUACAGACCAGGUCCCCGACUGGGAUGACCGCAUGCACACAGUCAAGUGGGUGGACGUGAUCAGAAACACGCCUGGGACCUUCCCUACAAAACGAAAGGUGAUAGAGACAGACCUUGAGCCCGCUCACUCGGUACUGGAGGAAAACUACCGGGAACUGCAGCUUCAGAUCAGCGCCAGUGUGGAUUUUGCCUCAUACCAGUGCCCAGUGACCAACGUGCACUUUAAGGAAACGCUGGUUUACCAGACCCGAGUGUUUGAGCUUGAACUGAUUAAUUCAGGAAAUGUGCAGCUGCAGUUCAACUGGAUCUCCAACGAGACCUCAAAGGCUGAAAUGCCAGAUAACCAAGGUUCUCAAACAGACCAGCUGAGCCAGAGUACACUGCACACAGCCAGCACCCUGGACAGUGCUACAGACCACAGGAAUGACGCCUCCCCACCUCCUUUCUCUGUGGAGCCCUCCUCAGGCAUCGUGCCUGUGGGGAAGAUUCAGAAAGUUAAAGUGAAAUUCUCCCCGCUGGAGGUUGGAGACUUUGAGAGCAAUCUUUUCUGCCAGAUUCCCAACCUGCCACCUGGAGAGCAAGGUCCAGUAUUAUCAGCAAAGGGGCGGAGCUCCUUGCCCAUCUGCCAUUUUGAUCUGCAAGACUCAGACUACCUCAGCAGUCAUCAGCGCCACCCAGACCUCCGAGGGCCUGGUGGUGGGGCUCUGGACCCAAACACCCGGGUGAUUGAGUUCAGCAGUGUGGGCAUAGGAGGCAAGAACCUCCGGACUUUUACGAUUCUGAACCCAACCAGCAGCACCUACUCCUUCUGCUGGAUCUCUGAAGAAACAGAAAGUCUCCAGAACCUGCCAGCUUUCACAUGUCUCACCGAGAAGGGCUCCAUCCACCCUGAAAAGAAAGCUGAGGUGGUCUUCCAGUUCAUACCCUCCCAUCUUGACAUCACAGAAGCGUUCUGGACUUUCUCAAUCCCUGAACACAACAUCACAGUCCCUUUCCUGCUGGUAGGCAAAGUCACUGACCCUCUUAUCCAUCUGGACAAGCCACACCUCCACUUCAGUUGUCUCCUCAUCGGCAGAGAAGCCCGGAGGACCGUGCAGAUCAUCAACAAGGAGGAGCAGGGGUUCCACUUUGCCUUCCAGGAUGACUCCCGAUACUCCGAAGGCUUCAGCAACAGCCUGGUCAUAUGUCCCAUGGAAGGCUGGGUCCCACCGCUGUCAAGCUUCCCAAUUGAUAUUUUCUUCACACCAAAGGAGGAAGGAGAUGUGAACUUUAAUUUGAUCUGUAAUGUGGAAAAGAAAGCCCAGCCUCUGACCUUAAAUGUCAAGGCUGAGGGCUACACCAUGAAUGCAGAGGUCAAGUGCAAGGACAGGACUGGCUUAGUCACUCUCUUGACUCCCAACGAGACCACCAUCAUCAGCUUCUAUGAGGUAGAGUUGAAUGAAUGCGUCCAGUGUGAGUUCAACUUUAUCAACACUGGAAAGUUCAACUUCAGCUUCCAGACAGAGCUGUCUGGCCCCAAAGCCCUGCUGCAGUACAUGGGGUUUUCACCCACUGAUGGCACUGUGGAUGUGGGGCAGAGCACCCAGGCCUCCUUGUCAUUCCAACCAUUUAAGAAGUGUGUCUUAAAGGGCCUGGAACUCAGAAUCAAGAUCAGCCAUGGCCCAACCUUUACGUGCAGCAUCGCAGGCUGCGCCAUGAGCCCGGCCAUCCAUUUCUCCUUCACCAGCUACAACUUCGGCACCUGCUUCAUCUACCAAGCUGGGAUGCCCCCAUACAAACAAAUCCUGGUCGUCACCAACAAGGAAGAAGCAUCCGUGAGCAUUGAUUGUUUGUAUACCAAUACCACCCACCUUGAGGUGAACUUCCGUGUGGAUGUAAUAAAGCCAGGAAAGACACUGGAGAUUCCAAUUACCUUUUAUCCUCGGGAAAGCAUCAGUUACUGUGAAGUCAUCCCCUUUGAAAUCAAUGGGCUCUCACAACAAGUCGUUGAAAUCAAAGGAAAAGGCACAGAAAUGAAGAUUUCAGUCCUAGAUCCGGCCAACAGGGUUGUGAAGUUAGGAGCUGUCCUGCCAGGACAGAUUGUGAAAAAGACGGUUUCCAUCAUGAACAGCAGCCACGCCCAGCUCACAUUUAGCCUGUCAGUCCUGUUCUCAGUCCCAGAACUCCAGGAGCCCAAGGUCAUCACCUUGAUACCAUUCCACAACAUCAGUCUGAAGCCCAAAGAAGUCCGUAAGCUGGAAGUCACCUUUGCCCCGAAGAAGCGUGUCGCUCCCUUCUCUGAGGAGGUGUACAUGGAAUGCAUGGGGCUGCUGCGCCCCCUCUUUCUCCUCAGCGGCUGCUGCCAGGCCCUGGAGAUCUCCCUCGACCAGAAGCAUAUUCCCUUUGGACCAGUCGUGCAUCAGACACAAGCCAUGCGUCGCAUCGUCAUGUUGAACACGGGUGACGUGGGUGCAAGGUUUAAAUGGGAUGUCAGAAAAUUUGAACCUCAUUUCUCCAUCAGCCCAGAAGAAGGCUACAUCACUGCAGGCAUGGAGGUUUCUUUCCAAGUGACCUACCAUCCCACUGAAGUGGGCAAGGAGAGUCUUUAUAAAAACUUGCUCUGCUUCAUCCAAGGGGGCAGUCCUCUGAACCUCACCCUGUCUGGAGUCUGCGUGGGACCACCUGCAGUAAAAGAGGUGGUGAAUUUCACCUGCCAGGUGCGCUCCAAGCACACACAGACCAUCCUGCUUUCAAACCGUACCAACCAGACAUGGAAUCUGCACCCCAUCUUUGAGGGUGAGCACUGGGAGGGGCCCGAGUUCAUUACCCUGGAGCCUUAUCAGCAAAACAAGCCCUAUGAGAUUACCUACAAGCCAUGCACCAUGAACUUGGAGAAUCGCAAGCAUCAGGGCACCCUCUUCUUUCCCCUCCCAGAUGGGACAGGCUGGCUGUAUGCACUGCUUGGGACUUCCGAGCCCCCCAAAGCUGUGGCCAGUAUCUACCGUGAAGUGCCGUGUAAGACACCCUACACUGAACUCCUGCCCGUUACCAACUGGCUAAACAAGUCCCAGAGAUUCCGGGUCAUUGUGGAAAUGAUGAAACCAGAGAAGCCAGACCUAAGUGUCACCUUAAAAGGACUUGAUUACAUUGAUGUACUCUCUGGCUCCAAGAAAGACUACAAGUUGAACUUCUUUUCCCACAAGGAGGGACUAUACAGUGCUAAGGUGAUCUUCCGAAACGAGGUGACCAAUGAGUUCUUAUACUACAUGGUGAGUUUCAGGGUGACCCCUCCAGGCAUCCUCAAAACCAUCGAGAUGGUGAGCCUGGUCCGGCAGAGCACGUCCGCCUCUGUCAAGGUGGAGAACCCCCUGCCCUAUUCAGUGACCUUCUCCACGGAAUGCAGGAUGCCCGACAUCAGCCUGCCCUCCCAGUUCGUGGUGCCAGCCAACUCCGAGGGCAUUUUCUCCUUUGAAUUCCAGCCUUUUAGAGCCGGAGAAACCUUUGGGAGACUAACAAUGCACAACAAUGAUUUGGGUUACUACUUAUAUGAGCUCAAGUUGAAGGCCUUGCCAGCCCUGCCUGAAAAGCCCAUCCACUUCCAGACUGUUCUGGGCAGCGGCCAGACCAUCUUUGCCAAGUUCACCAAUUAUACACGGCAGAGGACAGAAUACUACUGCAGGACCGACUGUCCAGACUUCCACACGGAAAAGGCCAUUAAUGCAGCCCCAGGGGCUCAGGGAGGCACCGAAGUCAGUGUGGAGGUCUACUUUGAGCCCAGCCACCUGGGUGAGACCAAGGGCAUCCUGAUCCUGUCUUCGCUUUCAGGGGGGGAGUACCUCAUCCCCCUCUUCGGAAUGGCUCUGCCCCCCAAGCCCCAAGGGCCCCUCCUGAUCCGAGCUGGGCACAGCAUAAUUAUCCCCUUCAAGAAUGUUUUCUCCCAUACGGCCACCUUCUCCUUCACGGUGGAGAACCCCGCCUUCUCCGUGCGCGCUGUAGACUCGGUGCGGCCCAAGAAGAUCAACAACAUUACAGUCCACUUUGAAGGAAACCCGUCGGGCAGCAAAACGCCCAUCACCAGCAAGCUGAUUGUGGCCUGCCCUCCCGGCCAAGGCAGCGAAACAGCAAUUAAAUGGGUUUACUAUCUGAAGGGGAUCACCCCGUAGUGGGAACCGGGUCAGCUGCAUCAGCAAAAAGCCAUCUCCUCCGCCUUAAUACCUGUGUAUUGCUCUAGCCUGGCAAAGAAUCGAGAAAACAAUCAGAAUUCUAAUGGUAUUGUUUUAUCUUCCUCACUCAAUUACAGACACUGAUUUCCAUAUUAUAUGUAUUCCAAAGAUUAUAUGAAACAUAUAUAUAUAUAUCCCAUGUUAAACAUGGUAACUACAAAUAAUACAGCUAUAUUUUACUUCACAGGGACAAGUCUCUGAAUUUAGUUUCUUAACAUAACCCCAGAGCUCAAAUACUAAGUAAACAUCCCCUUUCUGCCGCACAGCACCAAGCAGUGCAUGACGCCAGGGCGCCACAGUUCCUUUUCGGAACCUGUAAUGGCUGAAAGAGCCCUUAGACAUGACUACCUUGAUGGGGUAUUUCAUUCUGCUUUCAUAUAAAAGCCAAAUAAGUCACUAUUUUCAAAGUGAUGAGCAUUAAUGACAUUAGGGCAGUCAUUGCAGCAACAGGGACCACGAUGCUUCCUCCAUCUCUGAAUCCCACUACUGUUCCCCACAGAAGGUGCUCGCGGAAGGCCAGGUCCUGGAGAAAAGCUACCUGAGACCCCGGGUCCUCACCCCCACCCCCAGCCCUGUGCACUGCCAUCAGCCUGUAGAUCAGAUCCCCUGCCUCAGCUCCUGCCCCCUUCUGAGCCCCUACAGCCUACCUGCCCUGCAGGGAGGAGGAGGUGUGAAAGAAAUGGCCAUUUGGAAAUGAAUGCUCCAAAAAAGUGGUUCUCAAAAACAGUCCUUGGACCGGCUGCAACGACAGCACCUGGGAAUUUAUUCGAAAUGCAUAUUUUCUUGGGCAGAACCUCCAGAGGUGUGGCCCAGCAGUCUGCAUGUUUUAACAAACCCUUAGAGCUAUUAGAGGUGUUUUUUAAUGGAGAGAAUCUUCUACUUCUUUUUUACCUCCCCACAACCCUCAGCUCAGUACACUCUACACACAGCUAGUACCAGACGAAAUUUUUCCUAAAAUACUUGCAGACCUACAUUUAAGACAGUUUGGUUUUGUAACCCUUAAAGGUGCUGCUAAUGGGCAUAAAGGCAAAGAACUAGAUGACAGGUUGCUCCAGUGGUUAAAUGAGCAAAGAACGCACUAUGCAGUCUGAAAGGAUGCAGAAAUGAACAAGCACGUGCUGACUAGCAAAUACAGAGUCUGCAAUAAACCUGUGGUUCUCAAAUUUUCAUAUCUAUCAGAAUCACCCAGGUGGCUUGCUAACCCACAGACUGCCGGGCCCCAUCCUCAGAGAGUCUGAUUUAGUAGCUUUGUGUGGGCUCGAGAAUUUGCAUGGCUGCCAAGUUCCCGGCGGCGAGGCCUUGCUGGUGAUCUGAGGACCGCACUGGGCUCAGAACGGUUUUGAAGCUGCAGCCUCCUCGCAGAAGCAGCGGCCGCUGCUGGGAACUGUUAGGAAUGCAGGAUCUCAGGCCCCGCCCCAGACCUGCUGAAUAAUAAUCUGCAUAUUAAUCACAUCGCCGCGGGAUGACGGGCAAAUUGCCACGAGUCGCUGCUUACAGGCUACUGGCAGAACGGGCACUUUAGUUCAAGCCCUGGUCCCAAAGCUCUUCAUUAGACGGUAGAGAGGAGUCGCACCAACUCGGCGUGGUUACUUGGUGGAAUCGGCUCUCCUCCCGCCCACUCACCAGAGGCGCAACCGCGCGCAGGGAAACAAUUGCCCACCACCACCUUCUUCUAAAGGAGGCACCCCUUUUCAGGAGUUUUAAGCCUUGUGUUAUAAGUGAUUGAGAAGAGUAAAGAAAGACAGAGGAAGCUGUGUGAAAGUUGACCGAAACACCAGCUGUCAAAGCAUGGUGAGACUCAGAGAUUCCUCUGUCACGAAGGUCAGCACUUUGAUAUGUUCCCUUGAGUCUAGAGGGCCCCCAGCCACCACCUCAGACACAGGCUCCUACAAACUAGUCACUCCCAGUUAACACCACCGGCAAAAUGGUGCCUUCAGGUGGCCAAGGGCAAUUCCCCCUUCCUCAGCCCUGCUCCAGCCCCCAAGCUACUGAGGCCAUAGCCCAAAGCCUCACAAGCCCAGAGAGCAGGCAGACCCUUCUCCCUAGGACCAGGGGCCAGACCUGCCCCAGGACGAACUGCCUCCAGGAUAAAUUGAGAUGGGGUACAGAUCUUCCCUUGACGGGGUUCUCAUGCUUCCUUGCCCUCAGACAACAAUAAAAUCCUUUCAUACUGGCAAAUUUGAAAUGGCAAAGCAGUUCAACGGCUGGGAGAGAGGCUUGGUGAAAAUGAGCAUGCUGACACAAGCUAGUGGAAGUUAGCUUUGAAAGAACACAUUCCCAGCA